AGAAGAACUUCAUCCAUGUCAUUUCUGCUCUGUUUUGGAGCCCGCCACAGCGAUUUCCGCCAAGCCGCCAGUUUUUGUUUUGUUUCUCGCAUUGCUCCGCCCGCCGGAAAAAGCGGGCGUGGCCAGCGCGGGGUGAAUAAGCUGCGUUUCCCCGGGCGCCUUCGGGGGAUGGUAGCCAUGGCUUCUGCUCUAGAGGAGCUGAUGCCCGUGUGGCUGACAGCGAAGGAAUUGGAGUGCUCCAUUUGCCUGAGUCUGCUCAGCAACCCGGGCACGGUGCAAUGCGGCCACAGCUUCUGCCUGAGCUGCAUCCAGGAGUGGCUGAACGGCAAGCAGGGAAACUGCCAAUGUCCCUUGUGCAAGUGCUGUCUGAGCGACAAGUUGCCCGAACGCACCGUCUUGCUGGACUUGGUCCUGAAAAAAUAUAACUGCCUAGCCUCCAGCGACCCGCUUCCUACGGGAACCUCGCGCCUGGCAGCGGAGCCGGCCUUCCCAGACGGGCCGAGAUGCAAGCGGGACUUCUCCCCUGCCAGGCCCGCUUUUCAGGAUUAUAUAUUUAAAACCAGAAGCUCCGUUUCAACAGCCUUCAGUUUUAUGAAGAAGUACAUUUGUGAUCAAGAGGAAAAGGUACUAAGGAUUAUUGAGGAAGAAUGGAAAAUAGCUCAACAAAUAAGAGACUCCACUGAUAAGCAGGUCAAUGGAAAAAUUCACGGAAUUUUGGAUUUGCAGAAUAAAUCUGAAGAAACGAUGAAGAAUACCUCAUCAGGACAAGAAGCUUAUAUUGGCGAUCCCAUUCAGAAGAUCAGAAAUAUUGCCAGUGCUGUUGAAGAAUUAAGGAGACAGCUAGAAGCAUCAAGUUUGAAUUUCCCAGGGCAGCCAUAUCAGAACGUAGAGCCUUCUCCAGGAACCAGCAAUAGUAAUGAAACAGCAGCUGAUGGAGCAGAAGAAACAUUCCUUUCUUGUGAUUCCUCCCUGUCCCAAGAUUCAGUUCAGGAAGCAAGCAGCUCUUCAUCAGCACUGCCAUCUACUAGGGGCAGAGAAUUGCCAAUGAUUUCAAAUAGAUUUUCUCAGUGGACGUCCAUCAUUACAUUCGACGAUGAAAGACUUGGUUGCAAUCUUGAGCUCACGGGCAAUAAAAGGAAAGUGAGAGUGUCUCGUAAUCGCAAAAAAUAUCAAUGUUCCUCUAAGAGAUUCCGCAGCAGUCAGGUGCUGGGCUCUCCAGGUUUCUCUGAAGGCUGCCAUUACUGGGAAAUAAACACCGAGGAAUCUUCGACAUGGGCCAUUGGUGUUGCCAGUGAGGAUAUUGGCAGAAACGACCGACUAGGGAGAAAUGAAUUAUCCUGGUGCAUAGAAUGCAAUGCUCAAAGUAUCUCCGCAUGGCACAACAGUCAAGAAACCAAAAUUGACAAAGGCAGACCUUUGCGGGUUGGAGUUUACCUUGACUUCCCAACCAAAAGUUUGUCUUUUUAUUCUCUUGCUGAUGAAGAAACAUGCUUACACAAGUUUGAAAUCAAUGCAGCAAAUCCAGUUUACCCUGCUUUUUGGAUUUAUGGUUUAAAACUUGGUGAGUGUUUAAGUAUAAAUGAGUAUAAAUAGGAAUUAACUUUAUGCCACAAUUCUAUAUUGCCUUAAUAAGCUUUUGCCCUCUAAAGAAUCUUUAAGAUUCUAAUAUUUUGUUGUUUGAAUUAUGAAGUGCUUCAUGUGUUCCUGCUUUCUUUUUUUUUUUUUUACAAUAUUUAUUAGUUUUCAUAUUUUACAAUUAAACAUUUAAAAAUCA